AAUGUUAAAUUAACCUAUUACUUCCGUAUCAGAACGCACUUUAACUAACCUAACUUGAUUUUUUUUCCUUAAGUAACACAUUAGAUCUUAUUUAGAACAGUACGAAUCCCCACAGAGCCUCCAAUGGGAAUCAAACUGGGCAUCAAAGACUUGGUAAUUAGCAGAGCAGUAUGAAGCAAGGAAGCUAAGAAAUUCAUUCCCUGGGUGGCUGCACGAAGGGCUAAAUGCCAGCAGAAGGACUGGAAGCUUUUCAGUCUGUCUUGCCUUCAGACAAGAGUACUUCAUCACUGACGCACUAGUGGGCUGUAAUCUGAAUGGAGCUGAGUAAUGAGGGCAGUGUUCCUUCCAGAUGAAUCAGGGGGGUUCCGCACCCUGAACUUCAAUGGACUGUAUGUGUGCGUAUGUCUGCCAAGAGGAGUCUUUGCAAAAGCACUUAUACCUGUGUGAUGGAGUACUGUGGAUUGCUGGGAGCCUCUCCAUGGCGACAGAUGCUGCUGGAAGCGCAGAGGUGGUAGGCACCUGGCUGAGGCGCACGGAUAAGGGAGGGCAGCGUCUGGGUUAGCGGAUCGAAUGGUGUGGGGCGCUCCGGAGUGCUCCUCCAUUCAGAAGGAUGCUGUUGGGAAAUGCCUUCCGACAGAGAGGACGAUAUUUGUCAAAAAGCACUUCAGCUGGUUUCAGAUCUGUGUUCGAGCGGCGCUGUGGACAACGAAAACUGCUUUGAUUUCAUUCACUCGUUGAGGGAUCGAGGGAGACCUCGCCAUAUAGAUGCAGAUGUGUCUGUGAGCCUUCUUUCAUUGGUUGUCACCGCUUGUGGACUUGCUUUAUUUGGUGUUUCCCUUUUUGUUUCGUGGAAGCUUUGCUGGGUCCCAUGGAGAGACCGAGGAUUUUCACUGACGAAGAAGGAGGAAAGUCCAGAUCAACAACAUUGUACAGAUACAGAGACCAAUGAACAGGAUUACAGUGACGAUUCUGUGCGACAGCCUAUUGCGUUUACUGAGUCAGCCAUGAAGAUCAGUCACACCUCUCCUGAUAUCCCAACAGAUGCCCAGGCUGGGACCAAAGAGAACUGUGUUCAUAAUGUCCGUAUGCAUCGUCAAACAACUGAACCAGCUUCAUCUGCACGGCACAAUUCAAUCCGAAGACAAUUGAAUCUCUCAAAUCCAGAUUUCACCAUCCAGCAGUUCCAAAAACAGGACUCCCUGUCUGGACUAGGACGCAUUAAACCAGAGCUCUACAAGCAGAAAUCAGUGGACACAGAUGAUGGCAGGAGAAGCAACAGCAAAUUUUGUGGAAAACUCAAUUUUAUUAUUAAAUAUGACUGUGAUAUGGAACAGCUAAUUGUUAAAAUUCAUAAAGCAACAAAUUUGCCAGCAAAAGACUUCUCAGGUACUUCGGACCCCUAUGUAAAGAUUUAUUUACUGCCAGACAGAAAAAUGAAACACCAGACUAAGGUUCACAGGAAAACUCUUAACCCCAUUUUUGAUGAAGUGUUUUUAUUUCCUGUACCGUAUAAUGAUCUUCCCAACAGAAAACUACAUUUCAGUGUAUAUGACUUUGACAGAUUUUCACGGCAUGACUUGAUUGGACAGGUGGUAGUGGACAAUUUUUUAGAACUGCCAGAUUUUCCAGGAGAAACAAACCUAUGGAGGGAUAUAGAAUAUGUUACCUCUGAUAAUGUGGAUCUUGGAGAGUUGAUGUUUUCUCUCUGUUAUCUCCCAACCGCUGGAAGAUUAACAAUUACAAUAAUAAAAGCAAGAAAUCUCAAAGCCAUGGAUAUAACAGGGGCAUCAGAUCCCUAUGUCAAAGUUUCACUGAUGUGUGAUGGAAGGAGACUGAAGAAAAGGAAAACGUCAACAAAGAGAAAUACCUUAAAUCCAGUUUACAACGAAGCCAUAGUUUUUGAUGUUCCUCCAGAAAACAUUGAUCAAGUGAGCCUGUUAAUUGCUGUCAUGGAUUAUGACAGAGUAGGUCAUAAUGAGGUUAUCGGCAUUAAUCGAGUGGGAAAUUAUGUUGACAGCCUUGGGCGUGACCACUGGAAUGAAAUGUUAGCAUAUCCCAGGAAACCAAUAGCUCACUGGCAUCCACUUGUAGAGUGGGUUGGACAAACUGGUACAAAUGGAAGUCAAGGGUCGUUUAAUUCUCUGAAAGGCCCUCCGUCUCCAUGAAGAAAUUAUGAAAUCUGCAGGGAUACACAUAUGUACUGAAGGGCUGCAAUGAAACUCUUCACUGAACGUCUCAACAGUCAUCUGCUGACAGGCUGUCAAUGAGCUAAAUUCCUUGAAACCUUGAAGGACACCUUUGCAGCUGUUGUAGGGUAUAUGGCAGGCAUGUUAGCUUGGCUGCAUGCUGGGUGCUCAUUAUUUUCACAUUGUUUCACAAAUGCUGUCAGUAUAUGUUUGAGUAACAUGUAUUUUAAAUUCCAAAGCGAUGUAGCAUUACAUUUUAAAGUGAGUGGUUUACAAAUAGCCUUAGUAUGUGUUUGUGUUUUUUCUAUGUUUUGGGCAAAUAAAGACACAUUCUAUCUACAAGAAUGCAUAACUGUGUUGUAAGAUUCCUAUAUUGAAAGUGCAUGGGUCAUAUUUGUAGCACAUUGUAUCAGUUCUCAUUACACAUUUACAUUUUUCUAAUGUUAAAAUAUGAUUUAGUUGAUGUAGUCAGUCAAAUAAGAAAUGUAAAAUGUGCUUACGUUUUCAAACUCCUCUGUUCAAAAUGUUUAUUAGUUAAUUAUGUGCACAAUUGUUUAUUUGUAAUACGCAUUUAUUCUCAAAGUCAGAUUUAAUAAAUUAUAAUAAAUAAAAGAAUAUAACAUUUCUUACAAUUUAGAAAUAGUUUUUAAAGAAAUACAAAAUUGUUUCUAGUUCUAUCCUUGAAUGAAUAUUUACAGUUCUUUCUAAAGCUGUCUCUGUUGUAUUCCUCUGUAAGACCAUUACAAUUAUUUGUACAGAUGGUUUAAAAUAAAAUCUAUCAAUAUUUGGGAA